CGUCUUCCAAACACAAUCAAUCCCCCACCCCACCUCACCAAACCCUAAAACACAACCCAAGUAGGAGUGCAUUGAAGAGCAUCGUCAUGCCCCCUCGACCCUUUACAAUUCACGCGCACACAAUCUCUCGAUUUCUUUUCUCAUUCUCAAUUUCUAUAUAUUACUGAGACAUGCAAUUCAUCAUCAUGUAUCCCUCACACUCGCUAGCUAGCUCGCACUUGUGUCUUUACCUUCCUUGAUAUGGCUAAUUAUACUGCAACCCCCUUCACGUUGCUGCUGCGGCUUCUCACCACCCUCGUCGCCAGUUUCUUCCUUUUUCUCUCCCCCUCCUCUGCAGCCCUGCACGCCGAGGCCAAGCACAAGGCCGUCACCCACAAGCUGCACUUCUUCUUCCACGACGUCGUCAGCGGCCGCAACGCCACCGUCGCGCAAAUCAUCAACCCCGUCAAGUCUCCGCCCACCAGCACCUUCCUCGGCAUGACCAACAUCAUGGACGACCUGCUGACGGAGGGGCCGCAGCCGACGUCGCGGCCCGUCGGCCGGGCGCAGGGCCUCUACGCCUCGUCAGACUCCAUCGAGAUUGCCUUCCUCCAGAUCAUGAACAUCGUCUUCACCGACGGCGCCUACAACGGCAGCGCGCUCACCGUGGUGGGGCGCAACCCGCCGCUCCACGACGUGCGCGAGAUGCCAGUCGUCGGCGGCACCGGCCUCUUCCGUUUCGCCCGCGGCUACGCGCAGGCGCACACCCACACCUUGUCCGCCAACGGCGACGCCAUCGUCGAGUACAACGUGUAUGUGAUGGUCCCAUGAAGCCGACAAAUUAAGUUGACGAGAAGAACUCCAUUUAUAUUUGCUUUAUCAAUUGAAUAACUUCUCUCUUGGCCGGUCUGCUCUGUUGUCUUUCCCAUGCUCGGUGCGAUUUCUUUUCUGACAACAUUAUUCAUAUUGUCAACGUUUACUCAAAAUUGGAUCUGUUGUCAUAAAAAUAUGAUUAUGUUCCUUUCAAGUAUCAUGAUUAAUUUA